AUGGGAGCUGCUGAAGGCCUGCGCAGGCUGCGCAUGAGCUUUCGUGGCGUUGCCGAGACUCGAGAGUUGGAGUCUCUAGCAGAGGAAUGUGAGGAAGGCUCCGAUGCCAAGGCUGAUGAGGCGAAAGUCAGCAACCUUUCCGGCGAGUACCUCAACAUCCUCCUGUUGCUUGUGCUCUAUACCCUCCAGGGCAUCCCGAUGGGUCUGUCCGGAGUUGUGCCGCUGAUCCUCAAGGAGCAGAAGGUCUCAUAUGCGGACUUGGGAACCUUCUCGUUGAAUUCCUAUCCAUUCAGCUUAAAGCUGCUUUGGGCCCCGAUUGUGGACGCCGUCUACUUCUCCAGACUUGGGAGGAGGAAGACAUGGCUUCUGCCAACGCAGUUGGCAAUAGGACUUGUCAUGAUCGUGGUUUCACAAAGUCUGGACCGCCUUCUCUACGCUGAGCAGCCGAAUGUUGCUUCGCUCACUGCCCUUUUCUUCCUGCUGUAUUUCCUUUGCGCCACUCAGGACAUUGCCGUGGAUGGAUGGGCUCUAACGAUACUGCGAAAGGAGAACGUGGGCUACGCUGCCACGACCAACGCCAUGGGUCAGACCCUCGGCUAUGCCAUGGGCUUCACUGGGUUCAUGGCCCUGGAGCACUUCAAUCUGAUAACCCUGUCCGAAUUCAUGUUUCUUUGGGGCGUGGUUUUCAUAGCGGUGACGAUGCUGGUCGGCAUGCUGAAGUCUGAAGGCUCCGUGCCGCGAGAUGAAGAGCCAGAGAGCAUUGCAACAUCCUAUCGCAAUAUGGUUGAGAUACUUCGCCUGCGACCAGUUCGGGUACUGCUACUGCUCUUGGUUACUCUCAAGUUUCCCUUCGCAGUGGCCGACAGUAUUGCACCGUUGAAACUGCAAGAGUAUGGUGUCAAGAAAGAGCACAUGGCCUACAUUGCAUCGGGCAUGAUGCCGGUGUAUAUCAUGCUUCCAGCCGUUGUGUCACGCUGGACGACAAACUCAACACCAUGGGACUUGUUACUGCAAACCUAUCCAUGGAGAGUUCUUCUGGUUCCUGUGACUGCCAUUGUGGUGGCUUCAACUCCCCCUAUCGGAGAUCGAAUCCCAUGGGCUUUCUACACUGUGAUCAUUACAGUCUCCUUGUUUGCGCAAGUUGCAAGUCAGUGCAUGUUUGUCUCCAGCAUGGCCUUCUUUGCGCGGAUCAGUGAUCCUGCGAUGGGCGGGACGUACAUGACAAUGCUCAAUACGCUGAGCAAUCUGGGAGGAAUGUGGCCGGGAACCGUCACGCUGAAGCUAAUUGACUUUGCCACAUGCGCGUCGGACCGAUGUUUGGUUAAAGCUGAUGGCUUCUACAUCAUGUCAGGAAUUAGUUUCGUGUACGGGAUUGGAUGGUGCCUGCUGGCGGCUGGGCAUGCUCGGCGCGUGCAGCAAGUCAAACUGAGCGAUUGGAAAGUUUGA